AUGGCUUUAGGGUCCAAUGUGCCGAACGAGACGAUAGCAUUAUCAUCCAGUGAGGAGACUUCAAAUGGGAUGACCACAGGGGCAUGCACCUCUGGGAGUCACGACUCGUCCCCUGAUGUCGAGAAGGGCACGCAAUGUGACCCCAAUGGAUCGGAUGAGGAGUUGAAGGAUGUCCGAACCAUCACCGGUUUUCGUUGGUUCCUAUUCAUAUCCAGCACACUCACCGCUAUUUUUGUUUAUGCCCUCGACAACACCAUCGUAGCAAACAUCGUUCCCGCUAUCGUGAACAAAUUCGACACUGUUUCAGACUUACCAUGGCUCUCGGUCGGAUUCAUGAUCGGGGGUAUGGCGAUGGUGCUGCCGCUAGGCAGGCUGUAUGCCCUCUUUGACGCCAAGUGGAUUUAUAUUAGCUCGACUAUCGUCUUCAUGGCUGCAUCUGCCCUGUGCGGCGCCGCGCCAAAUAUGACGGCGGAGAUUGUAGGACGUGUAUUUGCCGGUGCAGGUGGAAAUGGCAUGUACUUCGGCCUGCUGACGAUCAUUUCGAUGAAUACAACAAACCGCGAGAGACCCGGCUACCUUAGCCUGACUGGCCUCGUUUGGGGCGUAGGGACCGUCUUGGGUCCAGUCAUUGGGGGCGGCUUCGAACUAUACACUUGGCGCUGGGCCUUCUACAUCAACCUACUUUUUGGUGCUAUCCUUCUCCCAAUCUAUGUGUUCAUCCUCCCGUCCAACAAUCCGGCCCCUGGUAUGACGAAGUGGCAGAGGUUGGCCACACUUGACUGCGUCGGGGCCGUUCUCAGCGUGGGAGCCUGUAUCACUCUAGUGAUGGGCAUCAACUUCGGAGGAACCCUCUACCCAUGGAGCAGCGGCCAGAUCAUCGCACUAUUUGUAGUGACCGGUUCGCUAUGGAUUAUUUUUGUUCUCCAGCAAGCUUUCACCGUAUUCACUACGAAGGAAACGCGCAUGCUGCCGAUCCACCUGUAUCUGCAGAAGGAGCCCCUGUUGCUCUUCGUGGCAUGCACCGCCGUGGGUGCCGUAUCCUACACAAGCGUGUACUACAUCCCCAUCUACUUUCAAUUCACGCGUGGGGAUACGGCAAUGGACGCGGCCGUCCGGCAGUUGCCUUUUAUCUUUUUCCUCAUCACUGCCAUCCCGGCUAGCGGGUUGUAUAUGUCGCGGGUUGGAUAUUACAAGCCGUGCUACCUGGGAGGUAGCAUUGUGGCCAUGGUUGCGGCAGUUUUAAUGGCGACGAUUGUGCACGUCGACACAUCGCCCUCCAUUCUGUAUGGUCUGGAGAUCGUCCUUGGCUUGGGCGCCGGCGCAUACACGCAAGCCUCUUUCGCCGUUAUCCAGGCCGUCGUACCCCCAUCAGAAGCGGCCAAUGGACUAUCCCUGAUGCUUUUAGCACAACUCGGCGGCCUCACCCUCGGCCUCUCCGUUGGCGGUGCCGUCUUCGUCAACGUCGCUUCGAAGAAUCUGUACCGUAUCCUUCCGAACACACCACGAGACCAAGUGCAGCAGAUGGUAUCUGGAACAAGCGGGCACCUGCUCAAAUCAUUGUCGUCCGACAUGCGCCGUAAGGUGUUGGAAGUGAUUGUAUCCGCAUGGAACGACGUGUACUUAUCCACACCCUCUUUCCCCGUGAUCCUGAAUUAUCGGCUUAUGGCUCAUACAGGUUCACGUGUAUCUACGUUGGGGCUGCAGUUAGUCUUCUGUGUGCUGUAUUUUUAUCGUACAAAAGGGCCAAUGUGUCAGCCUCGACCAGCGGAGCUUGAAGGCCUACGAGGAUAA